AUGUCUAAACGAUUAUUAAAAAGAGUAUCACAAACAGAAGUAUUUCAAAAUUAUGGAAUUCAAGAAGGAAUAAUAUUAGAUAAUGAAAGUAAUAAAUAUCGAAUAUCAAAAGUUAUUGGGUAUGGAGCAUUUGGUAUUGUUUUUUUAGCUAAUAAUAUAAAAACAGGUGAGGUUAAUGCUAUUAAGAGAGUCUCACAAGGGAAACGGUGUAAAAACAAAGAAUUAAGAAUACAGGAAAUACUUCAUCAUCAAAAUGUAAUAAAAUUAAAAGAUUCAUUUUUGAGUAAGUUAUCAAAUAGCUCAAGUUUUUGUUUAAAUUUAGUUAUGGAUUAUUUACCACAAAAUCUUUAUCAGUUUAUGAGAAGUUUAAAAAAAAAAGUACCAACUAUAUAUAUUAGAUUAUUUUCAUAUGAACUUAUUCGUGGAUUAGCAUAUAUUCAUUCAUUAAAUAUAAUUCAUCAAGAUAUUAAACCAGAAAAUAUUUUAGUUAAUAAAAAUACAGGUGAUUUAAAGAUUUGUGAUUUUGGAAGUGCAAAAAAUAUUUUAGAUUCAUCAGAACCAAAUGUUUCAUAUAUUUGUUCACGGCAUUACCGAGCACCAGAAUUAGUAUUUAGAACAAGUAAAUAUAAUAGUUCUAUUGAUAUUUGGUCUUAUGGAUGUAUUCUUGCAGAGAUGUUCUUAGGAAAACCACUUUUUCCAGGGAGUAGUACUUCAGAUCAAGUUGUAAAAAUAAUAAAAAUUAUUGGAACACCUACAGAAGAAGAGAUGAAAGCAAUGAAUAAUGAAAUCCCUCCACCAAUAUUACCUAAAGUUGAUGGAAUUGGAAUUGAAAAUACAUUGAGUUCAUUUAAACCUCCUGUUCAGGCUAUUACUAUUUUAACUCAUACAUUACAAUACUCCCCUGAAAAACGGUUAAGUGCUUCAAGAUUGCUUACAAGUGAAUUUCAUAAAGAGUUAUUUAAUGAAGGGGUUUUAUUACCAAAUGGAAAUCCAAUACCAGUUUUAACUCAAUAUGAUGAAGAUGAAUGGAAAAGAGGAAAGGAGAAUGAAACAAUAGAUAAAAUGAAAGAAUUUGUUGAAGGAGAAAAGAAACGUAUUCUUUCACAAAAUUUAAUUAGAAAAGAUAAAGAAACAAAGGAUAUUAUUUCAGAUGCAAAAUAA